CGGGGGCGCACCGUGCACCGACUGCGUCUGCGCGAGCUGUUUUGAGGUUGGGCCUGCGUAGCCUCUGCGGUCUAGGGAAAGAGUGUCUUAGAAUAGUCGGCCAGCAGAUAUAGAUGGCCUUCUCGAGUGGUGUAAGGACUAGGACGCGACGCCCUCUGCGUUCUUAAGGCCUCAGACUUUCUUCUGCGGCCGGCUGGAUUGGAUGCUGGAAGGCCUGGACCCUUCCUACAGCUGAGCCAACGGGAACGCGGAACCUCCGUGGAUCUGCCAAUAGAGAGCGCUCGGCCGUGGGCUGGCGGGGCCUCUGAAUCCCGGAGCACCUGGAACCCAGCACCUGCCUGCAUGUUUAAGAUAUGUAAGUAGACUGCAAUAGUUAAAACGGUUCCCACUGUCACAGACAUGUGCCCGUGUGCACUGGAAUGCUCUCUAUGAAGAAUGACAGACUGAGUGGACAGAACUGGCAAAUUUCCCUUUAUGAAACAUUUAAACAAUCAACUUGCUCAGGCCGGUUCUCCAUUGCCUGUCUCAUCGGACUCAUCACUGCUAUAGGCUGCGCCUUGGGCUUAGAUCCUGCUGGAAAAAUACCACGUGAAUCUUCACUGGCAGAUGUGCUACCUGAUCACUGAACAGCCCCUGCCAGAACCUCUGCUGUGAGCACGACAAAAGCUGGCCAAUCUCCUCCAGGCUGGCCAGGCUCCAGCCCUAAAAGUAACUCACGUGUUCACCUGCUGUGUUAUCUGGACGCCCACUAAGUGCAGCACCCUCCACUGUGCCUUUCAGACCAGCACCAACAAGGAUGUAUCCCUUCAUCCCUCCGGCUAGACUGUUACCAGGAUCUCCAGCACCCUUUCUUCCUUCUAGACCAUCAUGUCCCCAACCUAGUGGUCCUUAUCCAGGCCCUGCUGUACGAGUCCCUGGCCACACAAAGCCAUAUGUUACAACAAAUAUGCCCUUUCCAGAGCUACCUAGGCCAAAUAGUGCACACACAGAUCCAGCUGGUCCUUUAGGUACACAGGGAUCCAUGUCUUCUGGACCUUGGGCGCCAGGAAUGGGAGGGCAGCAUCCCAAUGUGCCAUAUCUAUUUCCAGAGCCAUCUCCCACUCCUCCCCUGCCAGUGUCAGGAGCACCACCUGUUGCAUGGGUCACAGUGCCACCAGGAGACUGGAAACCACCGGCAUCCUAUCCUUCUCCUGAAGCUUCAUAUCCCAUCCCAGGACUCCAGCCUUCUCCGAAUAAUUCCUACCAACUGCCUCCAGGACCUUCUGGUGCUUCACCAAUGCCUGGUAACCUUCAUAAAGUGAACGAAAUGCCAGGUGGCUCCCAUUCUGAUUCGUCCAACCCGGAGAGCACCUUGAUGACCACUGGGCAAAAGAAGCAGCUGAAGGUAGACAACAAAGCCAUCAAGAGGAGACGUUACAAGAAGAAGAGCAAGCGAGUAACCUGGGGAGACAUCAAGACUCUAACUCACAAAGCUGAGACACUGGGGAAACAACAAGGACACAAUACUACUGACCCCAAAAUGAUGCUGUUAUGUUUAAUGACUAUGCUGCAUGUUAAUUCUCAGCAGGAACAUGAAGAGUCCAAAUGACUCUUGUCUAGGAGAAUAAAAGGCACACCUGUAAUAAACA